AUGUCCGUCCGCACUGUCUACAACCCAGCGAAGGACUAUUGUCUACCGGACAUUGAUCCUUUAUCGCUGCUUUUCGACUCUCCAUUGAGCUUGUCCACCGAGGAUACCGUGUUGCAUAUCGAAGCAGGGAACGCAGCAAAUUGCGUGACCAAAGCCCAAUGCCGAUCGUACACCAAAAGAAUUGCGCACACUCUACGUGAGGGAUAUGGUAUUGGGGCCAAUCGCCCAGGAAAAGAUGUCGUUGCCUGCAUCUCGUCUGGCCAAGUCCUGCUGCCUUCAAUGUUCUACAGUGUGAUCGCCGCAGGUGGAGUCUACAGUGCAGCUAGCUCCAGCCUCACAGUGGCCGAACUGGCACGGCAGCUGGAUCACGGUAGUUGUAGGUUGUUGAUCACGAGUGAAGACUGCAAGAUUGUCGCAUUACAAGCGGCAGAGAAGUGCGCCAUAUCGCCGUCAAGGGUGUUAGUCUUAGAGAGUCGGGGAGGGAAGCGUCAUCUCGCUGCUUGUUCACAGGAAAACAUCAAUCUAUUAGAACAGUAUCCAGGCCAGCUCCAGUGGGAGAGGCUUUCAGAUCCGGCUGUUCUCAAAAGCCGCACCAGCUGCUUAAUAUAUAGCAGUGGUACAACCGGCGAGCCCAAAGGUGUAAGGAUCUCCCACCAGAACCUGGUAUCCUCCGCUCUGGUGAACCUAUUCGCCUAUCAGGAUUAUAUAUCCCGGCAGAAAAUAAGGUCGGCGGACUUCAGACCGGAAUACCGCACCAUUGCACAUCUCCCUGCCGCUCACAUUGCUGGUUGCCAGGGAUAUUUGAUUCAGCCAGCGCUCUGUGGUGGAACAGUUUACUGGAUGCCGAAGUUUAACUUCCAGAAGUUUCUCUCCUACUGCAAAGAGUACCGCGUCACGUUCUUCUUCACGGUCCCCCCGAUAUUCCAGUUGAUGGUGCAAAGCUCGUUAGUCAUAGACCAGUUUCAAUACCUGAUUCACGCAGUUUCUGGCGCAGCUCCUAUGGGUCCUGACCUGGUGAAAAAGGCAGCAAGCAAACUGGGCUGUUCCGUCACUCAAACAUGGGGUCUUAGUGAAACUACCGGCAGCGUUACCGUCUCGCCGUGGGACGCCCAUAUAGCAGAUGGCAGUGUCUCCCCUCUAGUUGCAAACAUCCGACUACGGGUUGUUGAUGAAUCCGAAAACGACGUGAGUGAAGGGGAAAUAGGUGAGUUUGUGGUUCAAGGCCCAAUGGUUACCCAGGGAUACUGGGACAAUCAAAAUGCUUCUAAAGAGAGCUUUACUACCGACGGGGCCUGGUUCAAAACAGGAGACCUGGGUUAUUGCAUGGACGAUAAAAUUUUCAUUGUUGACCGGAAGAAGGAAAUGAUCAAGUAUAAAGGGCUCCAGGUAGCACCAGCGGAGCUGGAAGCGCUUCUACUCUCCCACUCAUAUAUUCAAGACGCUGCUGUGGUUGGCGUCCCUGAUCCGGAUAUAGAGGGAAAUGAACAUCCUAGGGCAUAUGUGGUGGCAGACCAAAGCCAAAUAACGGAGGCUAUGAUAAAGGACUUUGUGAAAGCCAACCUCGCGUCUCAUAAACAACUAAGAGGCGGCGUCGCUUUCAUUGAAGUAAUUCCAAAAAGCCCGACGGGAAAGAUACUAAGGAGGCAGCUAAAAGAUGCAGCUAAAGCGUCAAGAAGACUGAAACUGUAG